AACACUUACACGACUGAAAACAUAAUAAAAUUUCCUGGCGGAGAUGAUUAUGAUCAAAUAAUAAUAAUGAUAAUAAUACUAAUGAUGAUACUAAAUGUACUCGCGUAUAAGGCGAACCAAGUAUAAGACGACUUCUGAGUUUGAGAAGAUAUUUAGACGAUUGUUGUACUGUAUUUACUGUAAUUCAAGAGUUACCCAGUUUAAUUUACCAAUUAAUAACUAAGAAACAUUUAGUUUUAAUUUGAAUUAAAGCUCGCUUUAAUUGUAUAGUAGGUUAAUAAUAAGAAUAAUAGUAUCUGUAGUAAAAAUAAUGUGAUAAGGUAAUGAUAAUGUAAUAAAUAAAUAAUGAAAAUGCAAAUAAUAUUAAAAAAUGAUUUUUAUUUUUAACAGUAUUCAAUUGUGUUUGAUAGGAUGUGAGGUUGACAAGCCUUCAACCAUUGGUUGGAGAGGUGAAUUUGAUUAUCAGAGUGGACAAGAAGCAGUUGUAGAUCUGUCCGCAAUGAGGAAUAAUUGGUCUAAUGGUCAGUAUCAAGAUGACGGACAAUCAGUUGUAAAUGCGGCCGAUGUUGUCCAAAAUAAUCAGUCUGCUAUGAAGAAUAACCGGUCUGAUGAUCAGUAUCAAGAUGAUGGAGAAGCAGUUGUAGAUGAGGCUGACGUCAUCGAAAAUGAUCAGUCUGUCAGGAUGGAUGAUCAGUCUAAUACUCAGUAUCAAGAUGAUGGAGAAGCAGUUGUAGAUGAGGCUGACGUCAUCGAAAAUGAUCAGUCUGUCAGGAUGGAUGAUCUGUCUGAUGCUCAGUAUCGAGGUGAUGGACAAGCAGUUGUAGAUUGGGCCAACGUCGUGAAGAAUGAUCAGUCUGUCAUGAGGGAUAACCGGUCUGAUACUCAGUAUCAAGAUGAUGGACAAGCAUUUGUAGAUGAGGCUGACGUCAUCGAAAAUGAUCAGUCUGUCAGGAUGGAUGAUCAGUCUGAUGCUCAGUAUCGAGGUGAUGGACAAGCAGUUGUAGAUGGGACAGACGCCGUCAAAAGUGAUCAAUAUAUCAUGAGGGAUAACCAGUCUGAUACUCAGUAUCGAGAUGAUGGACAAGCAGUUGUAGAUGAGGCUGACGUCAUCGAAAAUGAUCAGUCUAUCAUGAUGGAUGAUCAGUCUGAUGCUCAGUAUCGAGGUGAUGGACAAGCAGUUGUAGAUGGGACAGACGCCGUCAAAAAUUAUCAGUCUGUAAUGAGGGAGGACCGGUUUGAUGCUCAGUAUCGAGAUGAUGGACAAGCAGUUAUAGAUGCAGCUGACACCGUUCGAAAUGAUCAGUCUGUCAUGAGGGAUAAUCAGUCUGAUGCGCAGUAUCGAGAUGAUGGACAAGCAGUUGUAGAUGAGGCCGACGUCGUCAAAAAUGAUCAGUCUGUCAUGAAGAAUAAGCGGUCUGAUUCUCAGUAUUGGGAUGAUGGACAAGCACUUGUAGAUGCGGCCGAUGCCGUAGAAAAUUACCAGGCUGCCACGAUGGAUGAUCAGUCUGAUGGUCAGCAGGAUCAAGAAGAUAGAGAAGCAAUUGUCGUAGAUGUGGCUGACAUAAAAGAAGAUCAGCAUGCCGGAAAAGGUUAUAACUUUGAUAAACCUUCAACGUCAAAGUUGUUUGCUGUGAGAGUGAGAGACGAGACUGAUGUUGAGAAUCCUAAAGAUGGACAAGUAGUUGUUACUGUUAAUGUGGCCGACGUGAAAAAUGAUCAGUCAAAACCAGCAGCAAAUGGACAUUUUGGAAGUGAUGCAGACCUAAAAUACAUGUACAAUGAAAUUGUUACAAAUAUGGAAAGUAAUGUGAAUGGUUCACCCAGACAUAGAGCAGCAGGAAGUAUCAACGAACAUUUUGGGGGUCGUAUCUCAGCUUCGGAUGAAAUAUCUGUUGUAGAUGCUAACCUCGAAAUGACGAUAGCAUUUGCUGCAAACGGAGAUGAACCUGAUUAUUACUCCAUAGACUCUGGCGAACUUGACCCGGCAUCUUCUACUGAUGCCAGAGGCCCACGAAUCAGAGCUGUAGAAAAUAGACUAGCAGCGAAUUUAGCCAAACAGACUCCAGUGGAAAAUCAUAAUUCUUGUGUGAAUGAAACGCUACCGGACAAACCUCUUGAUAGACUAGGGAAAAAAACCACAAUAUCACCGAUUUACAGCUGCUUCCACUGAUUUGUUAGAUACACCGGAAAACCUAUUGGAUGCAGCUGACGUAUGCACCUACCCGUCAAUCAGACAACCAUUUAACGUUAAUCAUAAAUCACAAUUUCAAAACUGAUCAGUAACUUUAUACGGAUUAUAUUUUCUGUAUCUCAACGUUUAGAAUACAUUAUACUAUGCUCAUUUACUAUAACAAUAGAAACUAUGUAUCUACUUUGUCAUAUUGAUUAAAUAAUACGGUAAAUGACGAUGAAAACGUUAACCUUUAUACAUAUACAGUCUGUCCUUAGAAUGUCUGUCUGUUUCUAGGCAACCUGACAUUGACAUUUAUUAUAGAUAGCUAGACAAACUCGUAAGAACAACUUCAAUUCAAUGCAAUUGAAAUAGACUUUUAUAUUAUUUACAUCGGAUUCCAUUUUUGAAAAAAGGAGGAUUUUGUGAAAGAGGGAAAUGCUAAAAAAUUAUACGCCAAAUAAAAAAUAGACAUGAAAUACCAUUUAUCGUGUGGCACUUGCAGCAAGCGUGCUCAUAAAUAACAAAGUAUAAAUAAUGUUUUUAACUGAUUUGUAUAUGUAAACAAAAACAAAACACGGAUGCAACACAAUGAUGCGGAAUGCGGUAAGCGAAUUUUUGUUAUCGUAGGUAAGUUAAGCAAAGAAUAAUGAAUUAUUCAUUUGGAGUGGCUGAAUGCAUUACUAGCGCAUGCGCAAUCUCGUUUCGCUGGAGUGAUCGCUGUAGCUUUUUCACGUCGCGGUGAGCGAAGUUGGGAUUCACUGUGUGUGGGGUGAUAAUUCCUCCUCAUGCUGUAAUAAAUUAUAAGCAAGCUUACAUUAAAUUACAGUAAACAGGACAAAUAAAUGGGACCUAGCAUAGGCCAUAUAUUACAUAUACUAUAUCUAGCUUUGGCCUGCUCCCUCUCUCUCCCUAGCGCCUACGCUAUGUCAACAGAGUAUUAGUACAGCUUGAAGGCCGAAGCAAUCUCAACUUACUAUUAUUCUUAUAUGUUUUGUAUUAAUUCUUAUUAAUUCAUUAUUCAUAUAUAAAAAAAUAAAGGAUCGUCAGGCAUGGAACACACUGGCGGCUACACAUACACAGGUACAUACCAUACUCUAGAAUUCAAAUUGAAAAAAAAAAAGAAACGACUAAAGAAACUUACUAUAUGCAGAAGAAAGACAUUGAGAGUUUCUGUAAUUCCUUUUCUGGGUGCUCCCAUCGUCAUGAGUCUGGCCUUCCUGGCACCCCAUCUUCACAUAUUGUAAUAUAUACUGUGUAAUUGUCACUAUUUAAUGUUACGAAAUAUAUACUGUAUUCGUUAUUAGGUUUGAAUUGAUACUGAUGUAUUUUUUAUUUUAGUACAACUCCAAGUACUGUAUAGCCUAUGAGGCUUUUAGAUAACCUAGUUGCAAAUACAAUUGCAUACAGUAAUUUGUUGUAGGAAGCAUAUCGUAAAUAUACACAUACAGGUCAAUAUAUCCAUUAUAAUAGCUUUGCCCCAUGGAACCAUAGAUUUGUAGUUUAGUUUCAAGAGCCCACAAACUGUACUCCCGAUAAGCUACAAGCAGAACUUUGUAACAUUAUAAAAUUUACGUCAUGGAAUGGGUACCCUUUAAAAGUUGUUAACCAUGUACUCAAAUUAAAUGAACUUAAGUGUAUACAUAGGCCUACUGAUGAUAGCUUGAUUAAGAGUUGGGUUAGGAAAGGCAUGUGAAACCAUUUUUACAUAGAUGCUUAAACAAAGUAAAGAAAAACCUAGUUAAAGAGGUAAAAUUCAUACCAUAUGGCAGUACAAAAGUGUCUCUCAUUUUAUAUCUAGCUCUUCUUCUCAUACCUCUCAUUACUGUGUAUCACUUCUUGUUACGUUGUGUUGUUACAAUAAACAUA